AGAUCCUCUUGUUUGUUUCAGUUGCGUCACUGCGGCUAAAAAUACUCCUCCCUCCCCCCUCCUCCCAUCCUCCCUCUCUCCUGUUGCACCGUGCUCGCAUCUAGACCUGACAAAUGACUAAACUUGGGAUAAACUAGGUCCAAACCAGGAUUAAACCCGGAUUAAACCCGGACUAAACUAGAACUAAGCCAUACCGCCUGGAGGAGUUCAUCCAAGUGAGCGAGUGCGUAACGAGCGCGCAGAGGAGGUGACGCGCAGAGGACGCACACGAGCAGAGCGGAGAGGCGCGGUCAGGAGGCGCACACGGGUGUCACAGCAGUGGAAGAAGAGCGGCAGAAGAGCGCCAGAAGAGCGGCAGCGCGUAUACCGGAGUGCACGAGCCGAGGCUGGAUUAUUGGAGCCAGACACCGGACAUGGCGGUGACCGGAGACGAGACUGAAUCAGCGGCCACUGGAGAUAUCCCGGCUUACCAGCUGAGGGCGCCAAACCACAGCCUGGCGCAGAGCCUGGUGAUGGCGGCAUCUCCGAGCUCCCAGAAUCCUUCAGGGCACUCGGAGGAGGUAACCAGGAAGAGGGAGGUGCGCCUCAUGAAGAACAGAGAAGCGGCUCGGGAAUGUCGCCGGAAAAAGAAGGAGUACGUCAAGUGUUUGGAAAACCGAGUGGCCGUGUUAGAAAACCAGAACAAGACUCUGAUCGAGGAGCUGAAGGCUCUCAAAGACAUUUACUGCCACAAACCCGAGUGAACCAAUCAGAAACCUGCCCUGCUUUGACCUCACGCCGCAGCAGCCAAUCACAGCGCGGCACCCAGAGGAAGAGGAAGUGCGGCGCUUCCUGUGCACAGCUGACAAAUCCGGAAGGGUUUUUUUUUUUAGACUGCAUUCCUCCAUGUCACCGUCCAAAUGUUUCCUUCAAAUUUAGUUUCACUGAAGCAUAAAAAGGGACAAACUUGAAAAAUGGUUAAAUAUAAUGUGUUUUUUAAGAGUGUUGGUAAAUGUCUUAUUUAUUUGUUACAAGAAUUUAAACACGAUGCAACUGGAUGGCACACCAACAUGAAUGUAAAAGAUCUCUUGUGUACCUUAAAGAUGCACUGUGUAACUUUUCUGUCAGAAUGCUUGAGAUACUUAUACUUACGACAUACAUGUUUUUUUGCAAUUAAGACCUUUUAUAUCUGAUGGAACUGACUUAAAACUCCGGCCUUUAACUCAACCUGAGUUUCACUGAGUCCAACCCCAGAGAGAGGAGUUUUAGAGUGAAACUACCCGACUCUUGUUUACAGCUAACGUUAUCAUGGGUCAUAGCAAAACAAAAAAUCAAUUCUCUCAGCUGCUUUAUAUCUGUCUGAACUACACUGAAGCUAACACACAUGAUCGUUUAGAGUUUCAGUUUGUUAGCGUCGUUCAAUAGACUUAGCUAAGUGUGAACUGUGUCUGAGUCAUGUUUAGCGUAGUCAUUCAAACCCCUAAUGAGUGAUUUCACACCUAUUAACACACAGGGUAUCACUGUUGUUUUCCUUGUUUAGAUUUAGGUCUGAGGAUGGAGCUAUAAAUAGGAGACAGAUUAUUGUCUUUCCUAACAAAAAUUGACUCUUUUUUGACUCUCCUCUCUCAAACUAUUUCUUUUCUUCACUUUUAAACCUUCGUCCAGUUGAUAGACUUGAUUUUUUUUCUUCUUAAGUCCCUGAUUAGCAUUUGAUCGUGUUGUGGUCUUUGUCCGCGGGUUCAAAAUGCUUCUGUAAACAGCCGGUGCUAAUGCUAAUGCUAAUCAGGUACUUACCAACGCGACAUGUGAGACGGUCAAUACUCUCCAAUAGCACUCCCGGAAGAACGAGGCACUACACUGUCUUAUCUUACAUUCAUUUAACUACAGGGGUUUGUUGUGACAUACCUUAAAAAACACGUAUUCUGACUGUGAACAGGGGUCGUAUCUCCGCAGAUCUGACCUGUAACUCGGUCUGGCGGUGUCAGCUUUUUGGAUAUAACUUAAAUGUCAGCAGAAAAGUUACGUAGUGCACCUUUAAAUCCCCAUAACUUUCUAAACUUAACCUUUUAACCACAGUAUAAUGUCAAUCACUCAUCAAAACAGCCGGAGUGUGUUUCAUUCACACGGUUGAGUCAUUUUGCACGCUAAGAACAUGUUAGCAUUCAACACGAUGCUCGCAGCUACUGUUUUUAGCCUCAUUUAGUCUGGCUUGCACUCCUCUUUGUUGCCAGCAGAGGGCGCAGGGACUAUUGAGCUGUUUUAUAUGCAUUGGAAUCAGAUGGAAAUACCUUCACUUCACCCCUUCACGUGUUAAAUGCAGAUGAUUAUGUACAAAAGCAGAUUAAUUAUGCACAAAAUGAGAGAUUUUUUCAUAUAAAUAUUCGAAUGGGAUCUCGGUCACCAUAGUAACCAUUAAAACGUGCUCUAUUUUACUACUACAGACUAUUCUCUUAUCGUAAAAGUGCAUCUAUUUUCAGCUUAGGCUAACACAAAAUGCAUGGAUCUCUAUAUUUUGUCUAAUACACAAAGUCUCAUGGGAUUGACGGAAAACUGCUGUAAAUAUGGCUCUGUUUCAGGGGCGUUGUGAUGAAAAACAUUACGAAAAUAUAACUGUUUGUGCGUUUGGUUUGGGUUAGUUUAAAUGUAACGUUUGCAUAGGUUUGGGGUCGUUUCUGUAACUGUAGACGCUCUUUGCCCACUGCAUAUUUUGCUUUUAGUGUUUUGUAAAAGUCUCUUCUUCUCUUUUGUUGUGAACAAAAAUAAAAUCAUGUGAACAAAA